AUGGACCUGCGUGACAUCGUUAACCCCGAGGACGCUGGUGGAUUUCACACCACCUCAGGCGCGCACGAACGGAUAACGAACGCUCCCCCUCCCGGUUCGCGGCGGAACGCCCGAGGACGCCCUUCGCAGAAACGCGCUUCGGCCAAGCAGGCGGCAGGAUCUGCCAGACAAGCACAUACUGGACUGCGUCAUCGUGCCCAUGGCGGAUCACCUGCUCCGACGCGCUCCCUGGAAGUAGCCGCUCCUAGUGGUGGUCGUGUUCCCCGCAGCCGCCGACGCUAUGACGGUCUUCAUGCGCCACCGCACCCAGAGACUCGGAAUCACCUGCCCGCCCCAGGGUCUGCACCGCCGCUCUCACUGUCGAUGCCACCGCCUUCACCGAUGAGGGAGCUGAUAAGGAGGGGCGGUCAAGUUGUCGCAGGCGACACAGGGUCCGGGCAACGGCCCUUCAUCAUGGACGUCAUCCUCAACGCCAGGCCUCCCGUUUCAGAGUACACCGAGGACGCCUCACUCGAGGCGCGCCACCGGAAAGAGGUGCAGACACGAGUUUCGCAGCACCACUACGUGUUUCGGGACAAGGAUAGCUUGGAACGAUACUGGGCCGACCAGGCGCUCCUGUGCCGUUCAAUAGCGGCUCAGCCGCCACACUAUCCUCCUGAGAACAAGUUCCAGCUAUCUGCAGAACGCUCGACAGCUUCCUGGGACGAAGACGGGAAUGAAGAUCCGCACACUGAAGCCGAAUCUGACGUGCGGAGCAGCACAUCGGUCAGCAGGACUGGGCCGCAGUCUGCAUGGGGGCAUAGCACACUUCUUGACGGCCAGCAGCUCGCGCACUGUGGCGAUAAUGGAUAUGGGUCCAGCCAGUCUCCUCGCCUGCAUUCAUGA